AUGCCUCAACUCAACCCCGCCCCUUGAUUUGCAAUCCUGACUUUCUCCUGACUGGUGUUCCUUAUCGUAAUUCCCCCUAAAGUAACGGCCCAUAAUUUCCCAAACGAACCCACACCCCAAAGCACAGAAAAGCCUAAAGCAACGCCCUGAACUUGACCAUGGCAAUAA